AUGUACGAAAAUGGAAUUUUUGUGUUCGGCACCAAGAUUCUUUGUGAAGUGAAAAAUGUAGACGCUUUAACGCGUCUCCCUUUAGAGCUGUCGUGGAUGGUAUUUUCGUACUUAGAUGAUGCCUCCUUGAGGAGCGCUUCGUUCGUAAAUAAGACAUGGUCAAAAAUUAUAUUGGCAAACAGAAAUUUAAGGAAUCGCACGAACAAAUUUGAGCUCACAAUUAGGUUAGGCUCGAAACCUUUGGCGAACUUUUACAGAAGGAAUAGAAGGAGAUUAAAAAAAGAAAGAAGAAUCGAUAAGAUUAACUAUGUGCCUUGUUGUGAAGAGACAGUUCGACCUAUGAAGACUGUGGUACACAAAUCGAAAAGAUGUGGCGAAGAUUUGGUUUUAUAUUCGAAACGAUAUAAAUUGACUUAG